AAUCACUUGUUUUAAUUGGUAUUCAUUCACUAAUCUUACCACAUUGUCUCUCCUAUAAAGCAAAUGCAGUCUUGAAAGUUAUACAUGCAUGUAACCUUUUUCUCUUUUCAUAUUAGCUCCACAACCAUCCAAGUUAGAACCAUAUCUUAAAAAGUGCUUUGUUAAAGAUCAUAAUGAAAAGCUGAAAGUGUAGGGAGAAUAGCAACUCAGGUCCUUGAUCUUAUUUCUUGGCUUUGCUUCACUCUGAUAUUGAUCAAGAAUGCAAAUCACUUAUCUCAAACAAGCAUUUUUAACUAUUUCUGCAUAUUAUCUUCUUCUUCUUCUUCUGCCAUUAGUUGUUUGCUCCUCUUAUGAAGAUCAUCAAAUCAACCCCAGCAGCAGUCACAAAAGCAUUAAAGACAACUUUCACAAGUUGAGUCCUCAGAUGACAUUUAAUGUUACAGUUCAUGGAAUCCUCUUAUGGUUUUCAAUGGGGUUCUUAAUGCCUGCUGGAAUACUUGUUAUCAGAAUGUCUGUUAGAGAAGAACAAGGGACAACAAGGGCCAAAGUUCUCUUCUAUUUCCAUGUAAUUUUCCAGAUACUGUCGGCGCUUCUUGCCACAGCUGGAGCUGUGAUGUCCAUCAAAAACUUUGAGAACUCAUUCAAUAACAACCACCAAAGAUUAGGCCUAGCACUUUAUGUUGUCAUCUGGGUUCAAGCCUUGAUUGGUUUGUUCAGGCCUCACAGGGGAAAGAAGGAAAGAAGUGUGUGGUACCUAGUGCAUUGGAUGCUUGGAACAGUGAUAUCAUUAGCGGGGAUUAUUAACAUAUACACGGGCUUAAAUGCAUACCACAAGAGAACAAAGAGAAGCUCAGCGCUUUGGACUAUCCUUUUCACAGCAGAGUUGUCUGUCAUUGCUGUUUACUAUCUAUUCCAAGAUAAAAGAGAUUACAUACAAAAGCAAGGAGCGGUUUCAGGCAAUGAUCUUAGUGAAGCAGUCAGGCAGUUGGAUCAAGAACUUGCUCAAAGGCAGAACCAAAAGGAGUUGUUGCCUCCGCAACCAUGUGGCAAACAAAAUGCACUCAAGAACUUGUUUGACUAGAAUGGGAUUCUUUUUUGACUUUUUUAGAGUCUGUCUGCCCAUCUUUCUCUCUUUUCUUUUCUUUUGAUUUUUGACUUCUGAGUGCUCAUUUGCUUUGUUUUUUUGUGCAUGCUCUCUAUUAUGCAACUGUAGCUGGUUUUUGACGUACAGUGAUGGAGCGCAUGCAUAAAAAAUGGAAUAUGGACUUGCCUUUAGUUUGGAUAGUUAGUUACGCUUGUAUGGGAAAUGGGCCUCAGUGUACUUAUGGAAUUGGAUUAGUAACGUACUUACAUAUAGGAUUAUAGGUGAUUCAUAUAGUAGUGUUGUGUGAGAAUAUCAUAUGCUUUGUACACAGAUUUACAGUACUCUAUUAUACUAAUAUGAACAGUUUGUACACCGUUUUGGGCAAUA